UUUUCUGCUUCCAGUCACAAAAAACUCUAAAUCAGACGAACAAAAAAGUAACGCAGGUAAAAAGCUUCUAUAUUAAAUUAUUGUUGCUUCUUAAAUAAGAACUAUUACUUUUUGUCUAAUUUUAAAUUACGAAUUUGCAAUAGUUACGAACUUGCGAUUUAACUAUUUGAUUAUAUGCUAGGCUUUUUUUCUUCCAAAUUGAUAAAGACUUGAUAACUAUAGGAUUAUUGUUAGAACGUGAAGAUUAUUGUUAGAAUGUGAGAAUGGAUGGGAAAUAAAAAGUAAGAAACAAAUUAUAUUUUUUGUGGAAUUUUGUGUUAGCAAAACGUGAGUACUUGGUUAAUAAAAAAUCAUGAAAAUUUAGGAACUAUAGAAUUGUUGUUUGAGGAAUGUUUUUUUUCUUUUGCAGUUAAGUUUUCAAUGGAAAAAUAUUUCAAACCCAAAAGAAAGUUUGAGUCUUUAGCUAUGUCUGAAGAUGAAUUGGAGAAAUUACCUUAUGAUCCCGGAGAAAGGAAAAGAAUAUCAAAAUAUCCUCCAAAUCAAAGAGAUGAGGUAAUACGCAAAUAUCUUAUUAGAGGUCCUUGUCAACCACGUGGUCAUGAAUUUCCUAAAACAUUGUUUACAAACAAAUUGAGACGAUUCAAUCCAUCUUGGUUUGAUCUCUAUGGUGAUUGGUUGGAAUAUAGUGUGAAGAAAGACAAAGCAUAUUGUUUGUUCUGCUACUUGUUUAGAGAUUACACUGAAAAUAAAGGUGGAAGUGAUGCAUUUGUGAUUACUGGCUUUGAUGACUGGAACAAGACUGAGAGAUUACAAGAUCAUGUUGGAGCAGUGAACAGUUUUCACAAUAGUGCAUUGAAAAGGUGUAGGUUUUUGUUACAACAAGGACUACCAUUUCGAGGUCAUGAUGAGUCAGUAGAUUCAGUCAACAAGGGAAACUUUUUGGCGCUUUUGAAAUACACAGCAGAGCAAAAUGAACUUGUGAGUAAAGUUGUUUUAGAGAAUGCUCCAAAAAACAAUCAGAUGGUGUCCCACAAAAUUCAGACAGAUAUAGUUCAUUGUUUUGCAGAAGAAGUUAUUGAAUCUGUCAUUCAAGAAGUUGGUCAUGAUAUAUUUUGCUUGUUGGUGGAUGAGUCUGCAGAUGUUUCUGAUAAAGAACAAAUGGCAGUGGUUUUUCGCUUUGUUGAUAAUCAUGGGAUAGUUAAAGAAAGGUUCAUUGGUCUAGUUCAUGUGAAAGAGACAUCUUCUUUAUCUCUAAAGUGUGCUGUUGAUUCAUUGUUUGCUAAACAUGGACUGAGUAUGAAAAAGCUAAGAGGACAAGGUUAUGAUGGAGCGAGUAAUAUGAAGGGUGAAUUCAACGGUUUGAGAUCUUUAAUUAUGAGAGAAUUUGCUCAAAAGCAUUUUGGGGUUGUGGAUUUCUUUGAUAAGCUUGCUGUCUUGUUAAAUGUUGUUGGGGCUUUUUGUAAGAGAAAAGAUAUGGUGCGAGAAGAUCAUCUGAAAAGAAUAGAGGAAAGAACUAAGAAAGGUGAAAUGAAGACAGGAAAGGGAUUAAACCAAGAGGUUUCAUUUCAAAGACCCGGUAAAACUCGUUGGGGUUCUCAUUACAAAACAUUACUGCGGUUGGUUGAUUUGUUUCCUUCUAUCAUUACAGUACUUGAGUAUGUCGAAAAAGAUGGGAGUGAUGCUAUCAAAAGACGACAAGCUAAUGGUCUUCUCAAUUACUUCUACACCUUUGAAUUUGUGUUCUACUUGCAGUUAAUGUUGCUUAUUCUUGGGAUCACAAAUAGUUUAUCAAAAGCUCUUCAAAGGAAAGACUUGGAUAUUCUGAAUGCUAUGUCGCUUGUGAAAUCCACCAAGCAACAAUUGAAUAAGCUCAGGGAAAAUGGAUGGGAAUCUAUGAUCAACAAAGUUUUUUCCUUCUGUAAAACUUACAAGACUGAGUUGCUGGUUAUGGAUGAUGAGUUUAACUCCAAGAGUUCAAGAAAAAGAAGCAAUAUAACCAACUUGCAUCAUUACAAGGUAGAAUGCUUUUACACUGUAUUGGAUAUGCAAAUUCAUGAGUUUAAUGACCGCUUUGAUGAGGUAAACACUGAAUUACUUGGUUGCAUUGCUUCUUUGAGCCCUAGUGAUUCAUUUCGUGAGUUUGAUCACUUGAAAGUUAUGAGGUUGUCUGAGUUUUAUCCUGAGGAUUUUAGUCAUAUGGAGCGGAUGACUCUUGAACAUCAACUUGGUCUCUAUAUUGAUAACAUUCGCGAAGAUGAAAGAUUUGCUAAUUUGAAGAAUCUUGGAGAUCUUGCAUGUAUGAUGGUAGAGACAAAGAAACACCUUUCACAUCCUUUGGUUUAUUGGAUUUUAAAGCUAGUUUUGACUUUGCCUGUCGCCACUGCUACAGUUGAAAGAUGUUUUUCUGCGAUGAAGAUUGUGAAGACUAGCUUGAGGAAUCGGAUAAGUGAUCAGUUUUUAAAUGAUUGUUUUAUUUGUUUUGUUGAGAAAGAACUAUUUGAGAAAGUAACAAACGAUGCUGUGAUAAAAAGAUUCCAGAAAAUGGAAUCGCGUAGGAUUAAUUUGUAAGGUGAUUUU